UCUUCACCAGAGGUUGAUAAAUGUCUUGAUUUUUUUUUCCUGCAGCUGAACACUCUUCUGAAUGAACCUGGCCAGCAAGUUUUCAAACCAAAAUCCUCCAACUUCACGAGCACUUCAAACCAGAUUGAUGGCAGGAUGGAAUACAUCUUCCAGGAUGGAGAUGCCAUACAACCAGUCAGCUUCCUAAAUGAGCUACGUCUUCCUUCAAACCUCAUACCUGGUUCAGCAGUGGUCAUAAGCAAGCUGGUGUUCAACUCCUCAUCUCCAGUCCCCAGUGAAGCUCUGGUCCUCAGCGCUAUCAACACUCUCCGUAAUUCCAGAGAGUCACAGCUGAAUGAAUCAGUGCAGGUGGUGAAUGUCACCUAUGAGAAAAUCACGGCAACCUCCUAUGCUGUCAUCUUUAAGUUUAAUUUGAGUAAUAUUAGCAUGUCAAAAGAUCCUGAGCUAAGAAAUGGCACAUACCUACAAGCUCAGGGUGUCGUCAAUAAUGCGCUGAACAGUCUUCUGAAUGAACCUGGCAGAACAACUUUAAAUCCCAAGUCGACCAACUUCAUAAGCACAUCAAACCAGAUUGAUGGCAAGAUGGACUACAUCUUCCAGGAUGGAGAUGCCAUACAACCAGUCAGCUUCCUAAAUGAGCUUCGUUCACCGACAGUCGUAACAACAGCCAGUACUCUGACAACUACUCCACAGAUAGUGCUUGGCAGAGCACUUAUAUUCAUUCGCCUCGUGUUUGUCACACUGGGCCCCCUGCCAAAUCCAGAUAAAGUUCUUGAGGUGGCCAACACUCUGAUGAAAACACGUCUCACAACUAAACAAGACACCACAACACAAGACCUGAGUGAUCCUGUGAGCUUUGUCAAUGUCACAUAUACGAAAAUAAACGAGACAGCCUAUGCUCUCAACUUUGGAUUUGAAAUCAGCAAUAUAGCCAUGACUGAGAAACUUGAACUCAGGAAUGGUACCCACCUGUUAAUACAAGACUCUAUAAACACAUUGCUGGGCAAGAUCCUCCUCAGUAACUCCUCAGCUCCUGUCAUUAAGUUCCAAGCAGCAGAUUUCACGGGUAAUUCCACUGUGAUUCAGGCCAAAGUAGAGUAUGUUUUCUCACCAAGUGACAUCAAGCAACCCAGCAUCUUUGUUCAGGAACUUCUCCAACUCGCCGAAGCGGACACUCUGACAACAACUUCACCACCGAUCUUGAGUAGGAGGGCAAUUAUUAGGAUUCGUCUCGAGUUUAUCACACUGGGCCCAAGACCAAGUGAGAAUAGUGUUCUGGAGGUGGUUAAAUCUAUACUGGUCGCAAAUGUUACAACUAAACUAACUGCCAGAACAGUAAGCGUGAGUGAACCUGUGACCUUGGCGAAUGUCGUCUAUUUGGGAAUUAAUGACACUGCCUACGCACUCAUCUUUGCAUUUGAAAUCAGCAAAGUAUCACUGACAGAGUUAAGAAGGAAUGAAACCUAUCAAAUAAUCCAAAAGAAGAUAAAUGACUUGGUGAUCCAGAUCCUAAAGGACCCCUCAGUUAAUCUGCUAAUCAUUCCAGCCAAAUUCAAGGAUGAUCUCAACGUGAUUGAGGCCAAUGUUACGUAUGUUUUCUCACAAUAUGACAGCAACACGGCCUCCGGUUUCUUGGUCAGUGCCCUUUUCACGGCUUUUACCACACCAGUUCCAACCACCAUGAACACUACAAUCUCAAACAACGGUACAAACGUAGCAUGGAUUGUGGCUAUCAUUGUCCCCUGCGCUAUUGUCAUCGGGCUCGUACCUUGCUGGAUUCUCCUUUGCUGUUUGCUGUGUGGUUGCUGUGCAGCAAUCAGAAGACGUUGGCACAGAAGACGGUCAUACAAUGUACAGUACACAACUCGAAACAGCCUCUUCUAGAGAGUUCAGAGAUAUUUGACAAAAACAGGACUGACCACCAAUGAUAACAUAAAAAUCAUGGUUUUUGGAUGUUCAAAAUGCAAUUCAAUGCUGCCUCUUUUAUAGUAAUGAAAGUACUAUGUUAAUGCUUAUAUUAUAAAUUAUUUAUUUUAUUAUGCCUGUAUUGCUAGACAAACAAGGUCUCUAUAAAAUGUUCCUAAAUGUGAUGUUUCAAUUCUUCCUAUAGUGUAUAAUGAAAUUGUAUUGUUCUUAUUUAUUUGUAUUUAUUGUAAUAUUCUGUUCAUCGUUUACAAUUAAUUCGCUUUUGAAAACCAUUAGUCUGCUUGACAUAACGCAGUUUCAUUUAAAGGGACUAAGGUGGAACUUUGGAAUAACAGCUAUUAUUUAUUCAUACUCCAUGCACUUUAUAAUGUAAAGCAAAGGUAAAGCAAGCUCCUGAUGUAAAGGAAAUGUAAAGCAAAUGUAUGCAAGUAUUUGGCAUGAACAUGUUUAACUGCAAAAAACUGUAAUAAAAAUACUAGAUUAAUAAAGAAUACAGAACAAUA